UCUCGCACGACGGCAUAGGCGAUAGCGUAAUAAAGUACGUCCAUUCGAUGACAGGAAAUAAUUUGUAAUUCGACAGAACAAUAACCAACCAGAUAAAAAAACCAUUUUGGGAUCCAAACCGCGAAGAUGAAGUGCACGUUCGUCUUCGCAAUUAGUCUUCUUGCGACUGCGGUACAAUGCCACACGUACACGUCAGUCGUGCAAACCGACAAAGGGCCAGUCAGAGGGAGACAGAUGAGAACUGUGUUAAACGAACACGACUAUUCAGCUUUCCUUGGGAUUCCCUAUGCGAAACCACCACUUGGCGAUCUCAGGUUCAGGGACCCUGUUGAAGCAGAACCUUGGAAGCACGUGAUAAAUGCAACAGUCGAGGCGCCAUUAUGUAUGCAGAAGUUCCUCAUUGGGCCCAUUGGAAAGGAAGAUUGUCUAUACCUAAACGUAUACACUCCUCUGACCAAGUUCACUGGUAAGACCAAGUUGAAACCUGUGAUGGUUUGGAUAUAUGGCGGUGGAUACAUAUCAGGAGGCAAUCGACAAACCAUGUAUGGUCCAGACUGGUUCAUAGAAGACGACAUAGUCAUGGUAGCCAUGAACUACCGUCUUGGACCUAUGGGUUUCCUCGCAUUGGGGCUUCCCGAUGCGUCCGGUAAUCAAGGUCUGAAGGAUCAGAAUUUAGCUCUGAAGUGGGUGCAAAAGAAUAUCGCCAAAUUCGGAGGCGAUCCAAACAAAGUGACGAUAAUGGGCGAAAGUGCUGGUGCCUCUUCAGUGAUAUUUCAUAUGCUAUCGCCUAUGUCGGCUGGCUUGUUCCAUCAAGGUGUUACUCAAAGCGGUUCUGCACUCUGCGCGUGGGCGUACAAAACUCCAAAAGAGUCUCUCAUGAUAGCUUAUGAGUUGGGCGCAGCUAUGGGAUUCCCACCCACCUCACCCGAGACACUUCUGGAGAGGCUAAAGAAAGCUAGAGCCUACGAUAUCACUCAGGCGUCUGACAAAGUGCAACUAAUCAACGAAGUCACUCCGAUGUUGGUACCGUUCGUAGUCACGACUGAACCUAAAUCUGACAAUGCUUUCCUGCCUAAUUGUCCAAUAUCGACUCUGGAAUCAGGAAAGUUCAACAAAGUUCCUAUGUUGAUGGGUUACAAUGCACAGGAGGCCAUUUUAUUCUCAAUACUGAUAGAAGAACUACGCCAAGAGCUGUACAUGCACAUGAGGGCCGUUAAUAAUGCCAUAGAUCCAACAGGUUCGUCUCGACAGUACGUAGACAUAUUGGAUGCGAUCAACAACGGCACCGAACAAGAAGUGAUAAAGAUGGCAACCUCGUUCUUGUACAUCGCGCCUAUCGACCUCACGCAAAAGUUACUGACCAAACACAGCGGUGACAGACCCAUUUACUACUACCGACUGUCGUUCAACACAGACAAAAAUUUCCACAGAUAUAUCGAGCCCCAACUUGAAGGUACCUCUCACGAAGACGACCUUCCGUUGCUGUUCUACAUCCCCCUGAUCAAUCCUACUGAUCCGGAUAUUGAGUAUAACGUGUACAGCAAGAGAGUCGUCUCUAUGUGGACGAACUUCAUCAAAUACACGGAUCCCACUCCAAGUAAUAAUACCGUGAGCAAUGCAAACUGGCUGCCAUCGGGCAAAAAGGGAAUGCAACUAGAUAUUGGAAACGAAGAUUUUGUAAUGUACGACCGUCUGACCAAUAAAAUGGACGAGGACUUUGAGGAUAUAAUUUCUAAGAAAUUGAAGUAUGACAGUGGCUGCGAAGGCGAUAAUGCGAAGAAGAUGAUUUCACCAUAAUUGAUAGACGUAAUUAGCGUAUAAUUACCAUAGCGUCCGUGGCUACUUAUCAUUAGGCAAAACACAACGUCAAGAUUGAUAUUUAUUAUUCUAAGAAAAUUUCGUAUUGAUUGCGAACAUAAUAUUAGUCACUCUACAGUCACACAUUCGUUGAAAUUCUUUCGAACCAGUACCUUUUGAUAUUAAUAUUUGGUAAUACUGUCAAGAUGUUAUAAUAUGUUUAUGUACGCUGAAAUGGAAAUAAAUAAUUGCAAAACUA